UUAUUUUUUAAAAUAUUUUUUACAUAUAUAUACAUAUAUAUAUAUAUUUAUAUAUAUAUCAGUGCAAGGUUUACGAAACCUCCCACGCCACAAGUGCCUUGUAAUUAAUAAACCUAAAACAUAAAAUACGCGAUGGCGGACGAGGGAAAUGAAAAUGGUACCAGCAACGGCGAAGUUCCUGAAAUCGAAUUGAUAAUUAAGGCUUCAACAAUUGACGGAAGAAGAAAAGGCGCAUGUCUAUUUUGUCAGGAAUAUUUUAUGGAUCUAUAUUUACUUGCUGAAUUAAAAACAAUUUCUCUAAAAGUGACGACAGUUGAUAUGCAAAAACCACCACCAGAUUUCCGUACUAAUUUCCAAGCAACUCCACCGCCAAUUCUUAUCGACGGUGGCGACGCUAUUUUGGAAAAUGAAAAAAUAGAAAGACAUAUUAUGAAAAAUAUUCCAGGUGGUCACAAUCUUUUUAUACAAGACAAAGAAGUUGCUACUCUUGUUGAAAAUCUUUUCAGUAAACUUAAAUUGCUUUUACUUAACGCUAAGGAAAAAGACAAGGAUCCAAAGUCAUCAUCGCUGAUGGCACAUUUACGUAAAAUAGACGAACACUUGGGUCGCAAAGGAACGCGUUUUCUUACCGGCGAUACCAUGUGCUGUUUUGACUGCGAAUUGAUGCCACGUUUGCAGCACAUCAGAGUUGCCGGAAAAUACUUUGCAGACUUUGAAAUACCCGAGACAUUAGUAAAUUUGUGGCGAUACAUGCAUCAUAUGUACAGACUUGAUGCCUUCUUGCAGAGUUGUCCGGCAGAUCAGGAUAUUAUUAAUCACUAUAAGCUCCAACAGAGCAUGAAAAUGAAAAAACACGAGGAACUCGAGACGCCGACUUUCACCACGAGCAUCCCCAUCGAGGUUAACGACGACUAAUUUUUUUUUAUUUAUAUAAUUAUCUACGACCGUGACUAUGAUAAAAAGUUUACAAAAGUAAACAUUUGAAAUUAACGGAAGAUUUAUUUAAAUUUUUAAAUACCAUUUAAAAAUGGCGGUAAAAAUUUUAACUGUCGGCUUUUUAUAUUAUCCCAAAUAAUAUAUUGCGAGUAUGUUAUCUAUUAAAUAUUAAAAAAAAAAACUUUUCUAUUGUAAUAAAAUAGUGUAAUAAUAAUUAAGCUUUUAAUAAUGAGCUUUUGUAAACUAAAGGAUUUAAAUUUUUUAGUUUUAUUAUUUUCAAUGAUUUAUAUUAUUAAUUAAUUUCCAUUAAAAUUAAUUAUAUAUUUUUUUCUAUGUCUCGGUACAUAGUUCUGUAGUAAUAAUUAUAAAAAAAAACCGCUACUGUACGUAAUAAAUUUAUUUGUUUAAUGAAAACGAAGAAAUAUUAUAUUUUUAAUAAUUACCAAAUAAUAAUUAAUAACGAUUGGUUUUAUUUAAGUUAAUUUAUUGUCAGAUUCAUAUUUGUGCCAAAUGACAAUUAAUUGACGUUUAUUUCAAAUUAAAUAAAUUUAUUAUUAUAAUUAUUGAUGUUGGCAUAAUUAAUUAGUUGAUUUAUUGUACUUAUUAACAAAAUAAAUUCUUCGUUUUUGUAUAAUAAGUUUACCGAGCCGAGAUAUUAUCGCGUUUGUAUUAUUAAUUAUUAUUAAUUAAUUAAUAAUUAUUAUAUUACUUAUUGUAUUAUUUUGAUUUAUACUCAAAUCAAAUAUAUAUAGUAUAAAAAUUAUAA